GUACUUGUGGCUUAGCCUAUGCCACCUAGUUUUCUCUAUAUCACCAGUUCAUUCACCUUUAAUACCCAACUAUACUUUUACUCAAGUUUCAUCAACCAAAAAAGAAUAAAAUUAGUAGCAGCAGCAAAUUAAAAUGUCUAAAGAUGAAAAACCAGUUCGUUUUGGCAUCAUAGGAUGUGCAGAGAUUGCAAGAAAAGUAUCAAGAGCCAUUAAUUUAUCUCCAAAUUCAACACUUUAUGCUAUAUCAAGUCGUUCAAUUGAAAAAGCCAAGAACUUUGCAAUCAAGAACAAUUUAUUAUCAGAUUCUUUAAAGAUUUAUGGAAGUUAUAAUGAAAUUCUUGAUGACCCUUUUGUUGAUGCAGUGUAUAUGCCUUUACCUACUAGUUUUCACCUUCAUUGGGCAAUUUUAGCUGCUGAAAAAAAGAAGCAUUUGUUGUUGGAAAAACCAACUGCUUUGAAUGUAACUGAGUUGGAUAAGAUUCUUGAUGCUUGUGAGAAAAAUGGGGUCCAGUUUAUGGAUGCUAGUAUGUGGUAUCAUCAUCCAAGAACUGGUAAAUUAAAGGAGUUGCUUAGUGAUCCUAAGCUAUUUGGACAAGUCAAAGCAAUCCACAGCUCAUCAUCAUAUUCACCGGGCCAAGAAUUUCUUGAAAAUAACAUCAGAGUAAAGCCAGACUUGGAUGCCCUCGGGGCACUAGGAGACGCGGGCUGGUACUGCAUUGGGGGGAUAUUGUGGGCCAUGAACCAAAAUCCGCCAACAACUGUAACUGCACUGCCUAAUGUAGCAAGAAACUCAGCUGGAGUUAUCUUGACAUGUAGUGCCUCUUUAUAUUGGGAAAAAGAGGAAACUGUUGCUACAUUUUACUGCUCAUUUGUUUCACACGAGACAAUGGACUUGAAAAUUUAUGGCUCUAACGGGACGUGUUAUCUCUAUGACUUUAUUAUCCCGUUUGAUGAGGAUUCUGCUUCGUUCAACUUCACUUCUGGUGCUAAGUUUGUGGAUCUUCAUAUCGGAUGGAACAUGAAACCUCAGGUAGUUGAAGUAAGUUCUGAGUUGCCACAAGAGGCUUUUAUGAUUCAAGAAUUUGCUAGCUUGGUUAAGGCUAUUGAAGUGUUGAAAAGCAAACCGGAGAGCAAAUGGCCUCGUACUAGCAGACUCACUCAACUCGUGCUCGAUGCUGUGAAUAAAUCUAUAGACCUCGGUUUCCAACCAGUUCAUAUGUAAAUGUUUAUGUUCAUUACAUAAAAAACAGCUUAUUAUGUCCAUAUGUAAGAGAGUGUUUGUA